GAUUCAUCUGCUCAAAUGACAAUAAGGGCUAUCUGCUUGGCGAGAAGGAAUCAAAAUACGUAAAUUGAUUUGAUGGCAGAUGGCUGUUUUCAGAAUAAUAUAUGUAUGGACUAUUGGAGACCAUGAGACCAAGGAGGAAAUGGAAAUGAAAGCAGCGGCAAUUCUGACUGUCCUUUGGUCCUUCUGCUGGAUGAUCCAAGGCAUCGCAGGCAACCCCGUUCGACCAUCAGAAAUGAGACAAUCGGCGGGAUACGGACCCCCACUGACUGAAGCUGAACUCAAUUGCAUACCAGUGUACGCUAAAUCGGCAACGUACCGAAAUAAUUCGGAGGGAAAUGAUAUCAUACCGUUUCCGUUUGCUAGUAAAAAUGCCUAUUUGGGAAACAAAUGGCCCAAUCCUUCACAAAUCCCCUAUGAAAUCGACUCCACAUUUGAUGCGAAAGGUCGGUGUGCGAUUGGCAAUGCCAUGAACGCAUAUCACAAGAACACUUGCAUCCGAUUUGUACCGCGAACGAAUGAAGUCGACUACGUUCAGAUCAGGAGAUUGGACAUUACCGGUUGGAGUUGUAAUUCAAUGGGACUCGGUUACUAUCAAAACUAUGGAGCCCACCAGGUCAACUUGGCUCCGGCCUGUUACGCCCCGCAAACGGGCACCACGAUGCACGAGCUUAUGCAUCGCGUCGGCUUUCACCACGAACACACUCGCCCUGAUCGCGACAAUUAUGUCAAUGUUAUUUGGGCAAACAUUGAUUCGAGUUGGGAGGCACAGUAUUCUAUUGCAACUGGUUCAGGCCUAAUCCUGAGUUACGACUACGGUUCUGUGAUGCACUACGGAUUGGGAACUGAAAUGACAACAACACAAAAUCUGAAACGUGCCCUUGUAGGACAGCGAUAUGGUUUUAGUAAGCUGGAUGUUAUGAUGAAACUCAACCGGAUGUACUGCAAGCUCUAAACAGCGGUUCGCUUCAUUGCUGGCUGCAACGGUAUACGAAUCCUAAUUGAAGACGUCACCAUUCACGUAUUAUUUCUAAAUAUCUAUCCGUUGUCCAUGUUUUGUUAACAAUUACGUACACAGUUUUAUGCAUUCACAAUUUUACCAUGUUUUGGUGCAGGGUAUUAGCACGUUUCAGUUGGGAUCUUUCCUGCCUUAUAGGCGCACAUUCCAAACGUAUCUGUAAAACAUGAUCGAAGUGGUUGGCUGCACUUGAUAGCAUG